UACUGUGACAUUGUCUCCGUGGUCGUUUUAUUCGGACUCUAAUUAGCAGUAUCGAUCAUCUUCGACUGCGCCCACCAAUUCUUGACAGCAUGCGACCCGAUGUUUAGGGCGCCUUUAAUACUGAGCGACAUCACAAAUUAGGGAAAGUGACAACGAAGAAGCAUCAUGGCUAACAGUCCGGAUUCAAGCCACUCCAACCUGAAGGAGUCGUUGGUUUCGCAUACGCAGACACGGCAAGAGAAUGGACAGCACCUACCCGAAUCAUCAUCCGACUUGACUGUGCGCGAGCUGCCUAUGCCGAACUUGUCGAAACUUCUUAGAGAUAAGGGACCCGAGUGGGAAGCAAUAGGAGCUAAGCCGAGACCAUUACAACUUCUCGAUCUUCCUGUCGACAUCCUAAGACUCAUCGUGAAGGAGGUUACUCAUACGAAUGAUCUUACCUCAUUAACCUUGACAAACUCCACACUCUACUACCUGACAAUACCACAGAUAUAUGCCCGGUUCGAUAUUGUCUGGCCCGAUGACACCGUCCCUACGUCCGACAGCAAAAAUGUCGAUGCGCUUACAUACGGACUAGCUACCCUAUGCUUGGGUAGUAAGUUCGCCCAGAGGUCGAGAUGGCUACGAGGAAGCUCUGGGUAUGAUGACCCUUCCAAGAGGCUCGCAGACAAUCAAUACGCAAGAUAUACACGUAAAUUUUCGCUUGGUAAUGGGCCUAAAGACUGGACAUCCGAGUACAUGGUUACUAAAGAGAGCGGAAAGAUGCUUGGAACGUUAGUGGCCAUUGCCGUCGGAAAGAUGAUCAACUUAGAGACGUUUGUGUGGGAUAUGCCUACUGGUGUUCUGUCAGAAGUCUUUAUGGCUCUCGCAUCCCUUCAGGAUCAUUACGUCAAAGGCGAACCCAAGCUCGAGAAGGUCUGGAUCCGUUGGCAUGACAAUUCUGAGAUUCCCGAUGCUUCGUCGUCUAUUUCUAGUCCGAUCCAACCCCCUCCACCACCGCCUCUAGCUGUUCCACCUCUAGGAAGUACAAUGACACCUGUCGGCAAUACACUACCUAGUGAUUUUCACCCAUCUGUGACACAGCCGAUCAAGUAUUCAGAGAGCCAGGUCGAGUAUCCGACCUUCAGUGUUUUACCGCCUUUGAAGAGCUUGACGGUUUUAGACAUUGAUGAACUUGCCUACCUAGAUGAGAUGUCAGUACUUAUCGAGCGUUCGAAACCUUGCCUCCGAGAACUUCGAGUGGGAAUCUCGCAAAAAUCUCGAAUGGCCGACUUUGCGCAGGCGUGGGAUAGUUAUGCGCUGCAACAAGUCGAUCAUAAUGCUCGUUGGCCCGGCGAAAGUAGAAUUGGCGAUAGGAGAUUAGGUGGUGUUCUGGGAGUUCUCGUCGGCAGAAUAUAUGACAUUCGACGAAAAUCUGCGAAGCUCCGAGAGAAAGAACCAACAAUCCCCUCUCAAGGACAGGGCUCUACAUCGCAGCUUAACGGGGCCGAGGAAUUCGGCUCCAGUUCCAAUGCCGCGCAUGCCCCACUCACCACGAUGGGUGCGAUCGGUACAUCAUAUCAGGAGACUCAGUGGUCAUAUAAUGACUCUCACGAAUCGCGCACGGAGAGAAAACGUCUCGAUGGAAAGCUCCAGCUGGAAACGUUAGAGCUCGAGCGAGUACCGCUGUCGCUACAGGUUUGCACAAAAGCGAUCGACUGGAGUGUUCUGACAAGUCUCACCAUCAUAGACUGCAUGUUCGUUGAUCACCUCUGGAGAACUCUCAGAAGGCAAUUUCAUCCUACAUCCCCGGUCCAUGGCGCACCUACUGGCGCGCCGACCCAGUAUCACCUUGCAUUGAAACACAUACAUACAGAUAAUGCUUCGAGUACUCUCAUUAGUUUCAUUAAAGAAACACUCGCACCAAAUAGUUUGGAGGUCCUUUUCUUGCAAGAUCGACGACGCACACCGCUUCCAGCUGUGAAACUUGACCAGAUAUUCAAGGGAGCGAUAAAACGGCAUAAAUCAAGCCUAAAGAAGCUUCUCCUUGAUAGCUCGGACGAAUCAGGAGAAGGCCGGCGCUGGUCAAGCUGGGUGCUUAGUAGUGAAAUAGUUUCGUACAUUACAAGUGGGAAAAUGCCGAAUUUGAAGGAGCUCUCCGCGGCAUUUGAUUACAAGGACUGGCACCCGUUCCUUCAGCGACUGCCAAACAUCCCGCAGCUUCGCUCUCUACACAUCCCUUUCAUGAUGGAGCACAUCGCUAGCUUCGAGCCAAAGGAGCUUGCGCUCCAGCUCGUUGACAUCAUCACAUUGCGAACAGAAAUCCAGCUUUGCUACGUAGGUAUAGGGUCCAAAUGCUUCGAAAUAUUAGAGACCCGACCAAGUGAUAUUAGUAGUGGCAAUACGGGCAGUGGAAACCAGGGGCAAGGUGCCAUUGUGAUCGAGGAAGACGAUGACAAUGAAGAUGACGGUAGUGAGGCUGACGAAGAGACGGAAGAGGACGAGGAUGAUGUGAACGAUGACAAUAGUAACGGGAGUCAAGCGGACGCUGGGGAUGACUUAACAGAUGUAUCCGAUGACGCUGAGUCUGAGGCAGACUCGGUACAAGAGGGUGAUUUGGGUGGGUCAGCCGCACGGUUUCGUUUACGUGAGAUACUGUUUUACGACGACAAGGUGGCUAUAUUCAAGGCGAGACAUGCCAGGCUAUGAACUAUGACUCGAUGCUUUAGAGCUUAGGAGUUUCGUUAUAUCGUAUUUAUUAUUGAGGGAGCCUCAAUGGGAACACGGCUCUAUUUCGGGACACAAAGCGGGUUUAUUAUUUUAUUUUUCUAAAAAAGCGUUCUAGAAGCAGUAAAAGGUGGGAUAUGAAAAGUCGGGCUCCUAUUUGCCUCUCACCGACGGGAAUUCAAGAUUGUGCCCGAUCAGUUGGGUUUCGCAUUGUUGUCACCGUCUCGAAAAGAAAAAAUCUAAUAAAAUGCAAGGGGGGCAGUUCAGAGCUGAGAGCUAUCGAAUAGUGCUGAAGAAUACGCCACUGCUGAGCUGUAUCGACCCGCUACAUGCUAGAUCUAGUCAGGCCCCUAGUCAGUAUUAUUAUGUAGGGCCAUGUAGGGACAUGUAAGGCCAUGUAAGGCCAGUAACGUCAGUCAGGGCUGGCAGGGUUGCUUACAAUCGAAUCACUGCGUCGGAAUCGUACAGUCCGCCAAGCUAGCUAGCAGACGGUGGCCUUCCGGCUCCAAUGAGGC